UCCGUCCAGCAGCCCAGUGCCCCGUCCCGGAUUACAGUGUGGAGAUGUGCUCUACAGGAUUUGCCAGGUCUCUGGGUUUCGCCCUGGUCCCUCUCGCCACCUGCUGCAUUGUAGCAAACGUCCUGCUGUUUUUUCCUGAUGGACAGCUGAACUACGUUCAGGAGCAGCACGUGACCCAAUAUGUCUGGUUCUUCAUGGGUAUCGGAGGUGGUGGUCUGGCUAUGCUGAUUCCAGCCUGUGUGUUCCUGGGAAUGGGGAAGUGUGUGUAUUCCUGUGGGACAGAGAGCUGUGCGAUGUGUGGCUCUGUGAUAGCAGCUCUGAUAGGAUUAGCCGGAUCUGGAUACUGCUUCCUGAUCUCCGGUCUGGCGCUACUGAGAGGCCCGUUCUGCUUCACUAGACUGGGAUGGUUGUAUCCUUUCGAGCAAGAUGAGGGACGGUAUCUGUUUGCCCGAGAGCGAUGGUCUGAAUGCAUUCAGCCGAACCACAUCGUGGAGUGGAACGUGACGCUGCUGUCCAUCCUGUUGGGCCUCAGCACCCUGGAGUUCCUCAUCUGUUUCCUGCAGUUCAUCAGCGGACUGGUUAAUGCAGUGUGCCGACCGUGCUGCUACAAACAGGAGUACAGCCUAAACGCUUGAGGAGAGACCACCGCUCUGCUUCAGUCAAUCAGAAACACCACUGCUGACCUGCGGGAGAAACACUGAGCCAAUCUAUCCCACGCUUCACAACACGCUGGGUCCAGACGGCACAAUAUUUGUGUCUGUUGCCAUAGUUACUUCCUAGUGACUUUGACCUGCUGAUGUUGUGUCUACUUACUACGUUGCUUCCAAACCAUCAAUAUAGAAACGAGAGCGUAAACAUCAUAAAGCUAUUCCACUAUUGCAUUGAGGACCCUUUUCACAAGACUGUUAUAAUGCCUUUAACUAUAAGAAUGUUUUCGGAUUUCUAAAAUUUGUCUCAGGCGAGCAAAUCACAGGUAAAAUCACACAGGACGAUUCACACAGAACUCAUUUUUCCUUUCCGAUGAGCUACUUUUCUGCUGUUUUUCAAUGUAAACACAUGCUUGACGGACGUGUUUGAUUGUUGCAUUCAUGUCUUGCAUUAUUUAAAGUGCCGAAUACGUGAGCGCAGUGUUUUUUAGCUGGCAUUUGAAGCUAGCUUUCACACAGUGCGGCACAUUACUGUCAGUCCCACAGCAAUUGACCAAUCAGAAGAGUUCAGAGGCGGGACAACCGCUUCGAUCUUCUGUUGAUUGUAGAAAGUUAACAUAACGACUGUUUUCUUCACUGCUAUAUCAUGGUGGAGGAGGCGCUCAUUGUGUUCAGGUCUGCAGUGCAUGCUUUCUGUUUAGAACAAACAUUGGUAACACUUUAGUUUAGGUCACAAUUUGCGGUGUUAACAAACUACUAACCAGCAUUGCUAGCGUAAUAAACAACUGAUAAGCUGUUUUUAUUUAUUUUUUUAUUUACUUUAUUUAUUUAUACAGGGACAAUGUACAACAUGACAGAGUU